UUGAUUGAAGACCACCGUCCCCGCAAGCGCAACAAACGUGGUCCCAAGGACCCAGCCGCCCCCAAACGCGCGAGCGGCGCUUACGUCUUUUUCACCAACGAAAUGCGACCGAAAGUACUCCAGGAAUUCCCUGGCAUUAAAUUUGUUGAUCUUGGUAAAGUGCUUGGCGAGCGCUGGCGGGCACUGACGCCUGAAGAAAAGAAAAGGUUCGAGGAAGUGGCCACCGAAGACAAGAUUCGCUUCCAGAUGGAAAUGCAACAGUAUACGGCC